CUCCAGCUCAGACUGUCAACCUAGUUUUCUCCAGCUCUUGCCUUCGAGCUCUAAAAAUGCGCGCUAUCGAAUGGAUGCAGGUCACUGACCUUCAGUGAAAUACGUUGGACCUGCGUACAGUUUUGCCUUCGUGGCUCCAGAUAAACAUUCAAGUAAUCAGCUCUCCUACUGCUUUAGAGUCCAGAAGACUUGUCAGCUGCGUACGCCUGCAAAGCCUAAAAUGUGUGACUCACUCGCUCAAAAACAUUUCUAAAAAUAACUAAGGAUGAACGUUAAUUUAUAGCACAGACUACAGUGAAUAUCCGGCGUCACUUAAAAAAAAGGCAGUUUUCAAGCAGACAAGAAUCUUUCGACUGCAGUGCAAACGUAACGAUGCUCCGCCGGAGUUUUUCCGAGCUACACCUGAUGGUUUCCUCAAUCCUUGACCGUAGAAAUUUAACCGCUGAAAGUAGUGCUUGGCCGUGGUUUGUGGGGCAAAUCCUGUUUUUUUUGGUCGGUUUUCUUUUUAAAUUUUUUCCAGUAAUGCCAUGGUUAACGUAAGCUGGAACGUCAUUGGUGUCACUCAGGAACCACCCACCCGCGCCAGAUAGUCUGGGAAAAAGUUUCGCCACCCCUGUCACUUUCCGAAACACUUCUUCAGUUUCUUUGAGCGUGUUUACCUUAUCACCGAGGUACUUCACAAAAAAAAUGCCUCAGCAGGACCAUUGUUUAAAAGUAGACGCAGUUUUUACCAACGACGGUGCAAAUUACGCGGAGUGAAGCUAGUGUAUCUUUGGGAGGAUCAGAAAAUGAACAAAACAGGGAAAUCCGCUUCAAGUGUUCCCGAUGGACACGAAAUUAUCAAUCGGGUCUUUAUCGGGGGACUGGCUCGCGAUACAAGCGAAUUGGAGCUUGAGAAUUUCUUUAGUACGUUUGGAGAAGUGACGGAUGUUCGCAUUGUCUGCGAUCGAAAAACUGGCUGUAAUAAAGGUUAUGGUUUUGUCACAUUCAAUACAACAAAAGCUAGAGAUGAUCUCAUUGAAAAGGGAACAAUUGAUUACAAAGGUGGAAGAAAAUUGCGCCUUCGAAAAGCAGUGAAAAAAGAGACAGGGGGACAGUUCUUUUCCACAGGAUCCGGUAAUCAAACAGGGACACAACCACAUCAACAACUUGUUCUUGUGCCUUUGGAGCCAAACGUGAACAUGAAUAUGCCUCCCUUGAUAAAUUGCAAUGCGGUUUAUAAUCAUCCAAUUCAGCAGCCCAUAAACUAUGUGGCACCUCAGUAUACUGUACCAACCACAACCCAAUAUACUGUACCAGCAGUUUAUUAUUACUGUUACUAAAAUGGUGACAAGUGAUCGCUGGCCAUUUUAGCUCUACGAGUUACAUGAAGGUCCAAUGUCAAGACUUAUUUUUGUUCAAAAUGAACAACGAGUGUAUCUGAGUUAAACAGCCUGGUUGAACCAACACUGGAAGCUAUUGCAUGUGCUGAUUUAAAUUGAUAAAAAAAAAUUUAUGUUAAAAGAUGAAUUAGAAAUAUUCUUCAACUAGCUUUUUAUUAAUAACUUGAUUUUUUAAGUAAUGCAUUUGUGUCUUAAUAACAAUUACUUUGGAUCUCUGUAAGGUUUUGAAGUGCAACUUUAUUUUGUUUCACAUUUUUAAAAUAUAAAUCUGUAUUCGACAAGGUUAGAUUCAAAACUAUUUAGAUGUUGCUCUUAGUUUUAGUCAUUUACAUUGAAGUAAAAUACAGAUACAAAUAUAAUUUCAUGCCUAAGAUAUGGGUUUUUUGUUUUCUUUUCAACCUAAAAUUUUUUUCAUCCAUGUUUAUAUGGUUUUCCUUUGAUAACAUUAAUUAUAAUCAUUCUAACAACACUUAACUAGAGGAAAAAUCUGAUAUAUAUAUAUCUAUAUAUAUAUAUAUCCCUCAUUUGCAAAGAGGAAAUGUUAAGGCAUGAAAUUUUCUCUAGUAACUAAAUCUGGCCAUCUGGUUCUUGCCUGGGCUUGAUUUCCAUUGUUUACUCAAGGGCAGCCUGUAAUCCUCUCGAGAAGGAAUGGGGAGAAGGGUGAGCUUGUUGCCAUCACAACAGCUUGUAAUCUAACCUUACAUCUUGUCUAUUGGGUAUUUUUAUUUUGGUAGGCUGUAUAAUUCAGAUCAAGGGUGAUUUGUAAAAUACACCAGUUGUAUAUACUUAUAUCUAAAGUGUUGUGUUUUCUACAGAUGUAUGAAGUUAUUCUUGGUCAAUUAAAGUGCAAAAUUAUGAUUAAAAUGUAGGUGCAAAAUUGAAUAAUUAUUGCUUUGAUUUCUAUGCGAAUUUAGUAUUGUAACAUUGCUUUAUACAGUUGAUUGUGAUUGCUGGCUUAAUCAUGUUGACUUGUAUUUGCAUUUUUCAUUUGAUCUAAGCAAUUUUAGGCAAAUUUUGAAGAUUUGUAUUUAGCAUUUUUAGUUUUUAGCCUCCCACAUAAUUUAUUGCUUAUAUAGAUUUGUAUGUGAAUUUGGUAUUUUUAAUAUUGCUUGUUGUUAGCUCUUUAACUCUCAGAAGUGAUUAACAUGCAACUUCUCCCCAUGUUACCAUCCAUUAUUCAGCAAACAGGUAAUGAGAAUAUUUAAAGUUAUCAGGGUUAAGUUGCUAUCUUGAUCUAAUGCCAAAUUCUCACAACUAAUAUACAGGUAGAUGUAUAGAUGUUACGAGGGGAGAAUUAACAAUCAUAUCGUGGGAGCUAAAGGGUUAAUUGUGAUAUCGCUGCAGGUUAUAAUUAUAUGGUUAGAUUUGUCUUGGAAUUCCAAAUCAUACUAUGUCCAAAUCCAUAACAUUGCUGAUUGUUAAUUGUGAUUGCUGGCUUAAUCAUGUUGACUUCUAUUUGCAUUUCUCAUUUGAUUCAAACAAUUUUACUUAUAUUUUGAAGAAUCCUAUUGGUAUUUUUACAUUUUAGCACCCAACAUAUUACUUUGCUUCUAUCUAUUUUUAUACCCGUUGUAUUUCUAUAAUGUUAACAAAAUCUUCAUUAAAGGACAAUAUUUUUAUA